AUGGGUCGCAGAAAGAUCGAGAUUAAAGCGAUUAAGGAUGAUCGCAACCGCUCAGUGACGUUCCUCAAGCGGAAGGGUGGUCUAUUCAAGAAGGCGCAUGAGUUGGCUGUUCUUUGUUCCGUCGAUGUCGCCGUGAUUAUCUUUGGCCAUAACAAAAAACUCUAUGAGUACUCCUCGAGUGACAUGCAUGAGGCUCUCGGUCGCUAUCAAUAUUUUGGCCCUCCACACGAGCACAAAGGACCUGAUGAUUUUGCCGGAAAACGCGAUGACGACGAUGACGAUGAGGAAGCCACACCCGCCCCAGAAGAGAUCCAACAACUCCAGCAACAAGGGCACCCCGCCAUGCCGCCCCAUCUGCAUCAGCCUGGGUUCCAACACAUCAACCAUGCCCCCUCCGCGUCUCCUCCGAUCCCGAAUGGUCUCCCGAUAACGCGCCACGGAACACCGCAGUCGCAUGUCUCCCGCCCAUCGUCAAGAAACCACGUCCGUCGUCUCAGCUCAAACAUGUCCUCGCACCAGCAUGGCACUCCACCACCACCUCCGGCUCCGCAAAACGGGUUUGCUUACAUGGCGAAUCCUUCGAUGUACAAUCCUAAUGUCCACUCGAACAUGAAUCAACCUCGUCCCGGUCAGUAUGCGCAGUAUGGUCACCCUCAAAACGCACCACAAGGAUCACCACCGAUACAUCAUCAACAUGGCUUGCCCCCGCAACAGAUGCACCCCCACCAGGGCCCCCAACACUUCCAACAUCCCCACACGAUCGCUCCUCAGCAACAGAUGGGAAUGCCACCAGGUUCACAUGCACCGGUACAACAAGUAUCCCAGCCGUACAUUCCUGAACAAGGCCGGAACUCCGUGCCACCGGCGCCGGCAUACGCCCACGAAAAUCAAUCGGAGCGCGCGGCAUCGGUUCCUGAGGGUCCUCAGAAAAAUGCGCCCGUAAUGUUGAAAACAGAGCCCGGCCAGUCGCCGCCACAGAUUAAGUCCCUAUCGAAGUCGCGUAGCAUCUUUACCCCAAUUGAUGAUCGUGGAUCUGUCCUUGCCCGCCAUUUUGGAGCCGGAGUACCAACAUAUGAGUCUCCGCAGAGCAAUGAUAUGACUAGGCCGGAGCUGCCACAGGAUGGUUUUUCUGACCACAAGCCAAUCCAUACACCCGCUGCCAGCCAGACCUCACGCGCACCGUCGAUAGCAUCCACCAGUGAUAUAAAACCGCCGUCGCGAACUAACAGCGGCGCGCUGAGUUCCAAACGGCCGCAACUGAAGGUUCAGAUUCCAAGCGAGAAUUCCGACCAUGGCAGUGCAACAGGUGAAUCCUCUCGUGACUCUGCUGGAUACAAGACGGGGACACCAGCCAAGGACAAUCCCCCUGCAGGUGUGGUGCUGCCACCUCCAUCACCUUCAGCCGGGGCCAUUCUCAGUGCCGGUGCACAAGGACCUCCCAAUCCAUUCGCCCGUCCGCCACCGCCCGGUUCUGCGGGCCAAAAUAAUUAUAGCACCAAUAAUGGCGGGAGUCAAAACAACGGCAACAAUUCGAAUAAUAUUGAGACGCCCAUCUCCGCGCUUCCGAGUCGAUUUGUUUCUGAUGCACUCUUACCAUCACCGUCAAGUUUCUUCCCUGAAUGGGGCUUUGGUCGCUCUGGUCCAGACUCAAAUUUGCUCCCCAGUCCUCUCACGUUCCCAACACCCGCUGUGCAAACCGGACCCAGCUUCUCACGGGAAGACGAGCAAGAUAAAAAGCGCAAGAGUCCGGAUAGCGGGCCUCCCACAGAAGGGACUAGCAAAAAGCCCAAAACCUAG